CUCCCCGCCAUUUUCAUUCUAUUUUCCUUCUUGCACCUUUGAAAACCUUCUUUUUCACUACCUUUUCUUAUUUUUUAUUAUUCCAAUGUGUUGAAAAAAGGGUUUUCUUAUAUUGGAUCAAGGAUUUAGGAAACAAAAGCUUGGAAUUUUUUGAGUUUGGAUCACCAGACAAGGAUUUUCAUGUUUUUGUAUGGCUCUAUAUCUGGGAAAAUCUUGUAGGAACAAACAUAAGAAGAUUUAAACCAUCAAAGGUAAGGAUUACAAGGGAACUGGAGAAUGUCGGACACCAAGGAGACGACAGGGACGAAUGAUACUUCGUUCACAAUUUAUUCUCCGUCUUCUAAACACAAUGCAAGCUCUAGUGAUGCCUACAAAAGCAAUAAAUUGUCAAAGCCCAAUGAUGAUUCACCGCCAUCAAACAAACAAUCACCAAAAGUAGAGCCACCUAAAACGUCACCAUCGCCACCACAAGAAGAAAAACAUUCACCACCGCCACCACUAGGAGAAAAACUUUCACCACCACCACCACCAGAAAUAACAAAUUCACCACCGAAACAAUCACCAAAAAGUUCACCCUCGCCAUCUCCGCCAUCAUCAUCUGGCUCACCUCCUACUCCUCCCAAGCAAGAAUCACCUCCAAGUACUACACCGCAAUCGCCACCACAACCACCUCCAACGCAAAAACCACCACCGUCUCAUACCCCUCCUACCCAACAAUUACCGCCAUCUCCUAACCCUCCUAAGCAAAAAUCUCCGCCAUCUCCCAGUAGCCGUACUCAUGAACCAUCACAAUCUUCACCUAAAAAUUCUCCUCCUGAAUCUCAACCCACUGAAAGUUCUUCAGAUAACAAGCCGUCACUAGCACCGCCUUCUCCUGAAACCUCACAAUCACCACCGUCAACAAACUCCACAUCAACAUCAGUAAAUGGAUCUGAGGAAUCAAUGCCUGGUUUUUCUCCUAAAAUGGCAGUAGUUCCGCCUUCACCGAGCUCGCCCAUUAGUCCUUCUAACUCAGUUGGAGGAUCUUCCAAUAACAAUUCAGAAAGCUCUAAUAAUAGACAACGCACCAUUGAUUUAAGACAUCCUAGUUAUGGAAUUGUGAUUGGUGUGGCAAUAGCGUCUAUUGUUGUCAUUGCAUUCAUUGCCUUUUCAUUUAUUCGAGACAGAAGAAAGAAGAAACAAAAAAGUCACUCUACUAAUUUCGUGGCACCACCAGCUAACAUUUCGGUGACAUUAGAUGUGACUAAAGGACAUCCAACCCAAAACGAUUAUGCCUUUAGUAAUUCUCAGCACAGUUGGGAUAGUCGAAAAGGACAAAAUCAUAAUUCUCCAGAUUCGGGUAUUAUAUCUCCUUCUAAGACAUCUUUUAGCUAUGAAGAGAUGAUGGAAAUGACCAAUGGAUUUGCUCAACAAAAUGUGAUCGGCGAAGGUGGGUUUGGUUGUGUUUAUAAAGGCCAGCUGCCGGGCGGCAAAAUCGUGGCAGUUAAGCAAUUGAAGAUCGGUAGUGGACAAGGGGAGCGAGAGUUCCGAGCUGAAGUUGAGAUUAUUAGUCGCGUUCAUCAUCGGCAUUUGGUCUCUUUGGUUGGAUAUUGUAUUGCUAACGAUCAUAGAUUGCUAAUCUAUGAAUUUGUUUCAAAUAGCAACCUUGAACGUCAUUUGCACGAUACGGGACUGUCGGUGCUUGAAUGGGCCAAAAGAGUCAAGAUUGCUAUUGGAGCUGCUAAGGGUUUGGCAUAUUUACAUGAAGAUUGUAUGUCAUCCAAAAUUAUUCACAGAGACAUUAAGUCAGCAAACAUUUUGUUGGAUGAAUAUUUUGAAGCACAGGUUGCAGAUUUUGGACUUGCGAGACUUGUCGACGCAAGUCAAACCCAUGUUUCAACUCGAGUUAUGGGGACAUUCGGAUACCUGGCACCAGAGUAUGCGACGAGUGGAAAGUUGACGGAUAGAUCAGACGUUUACUCAUUUGGGGUUGUGCUUUUAGAACUUAUAACUGGGCGUAAACCCGUUGAUCCAACUCGGCCUUUGGGGGAUGAGAGCUUGGUCGAACGGGCACAACCACUCCUGAUUCAAGCCCUUGAAACAGGCAAUUUUGGUGAAUUAAUUGAUCCACGACUUGAAAAGCGUUACGUAGAGAUCGAAUUGUUCAGGAUGAUUGAGGCAGCUGCUGCAUGCGUUCGGCAUUCUGCUGCAAAGCGGCCCCGCAUGGCGCUCGUGGUAAGAGCAUUGGAUUUCGAGGGAGAUCCCGAUCUCUCUGAUGGCAUAAAAUUCGGACAGAGCACUGCAUAUGAUUCCAGCCAGUACAGUGAAGAAAUUACCAAGUUCAGGAGGAUGGAAUUCGGCAGUGACAACAGUUCGGAUUAUGAUAUGUACGGUGAUGAUCACAUUUCUGGGGAAUCAUCAGGUGCGCAGCCGAGUUCCUGGAAGUCCUGGUAUAGUUCCGGUGAAUCCCAACCUCAAGCAUCUAAACCAUCAUCAAGUGGCAGCUAUAGUGAUGGCUCAAGGAACUAUGGCAGUGGUCGCUUCAGAUAAAUGUCUAUUGCCUGAGCUGUUCACACUCCCUUUGGUUCCGACCACCAGCUUGAGAAAGCUUGUAAAAAGGGUAAGUUCUAACAUAGGUAACUAAGGUGUAUCAGGUGAACAAUCUCGUGAAAGUUCUCAGUACAUUUUAAAAUCCAGAUAUUAAUCAAAAUUCUUACUAUUUGUUGUUUUCGACCUUUGUGUCUAAAGACAUAUCCAAACAUGGGAAUAGGAAUAUGAUCCUUCAAGGAACUUCAAGUACAUAAAACAUUGAGAAAAAAUGAGCAUACUGGUGUCGAUAUUGUUGGACACACAUCCAUGUCUAACAUUAACACCCGAAUCCAAGUAACAUACCCUAAUCCAAGUUUUUAAUCCAAAUCCCUAUCUAGUUAACCCACUUGAGGACAUUGCGUGCCUAAGGUCUCUUGAACAUGUAAUCUCUAGCAAUCUGUCAGCAACAUGCAUCCGGUAUAAUACUUAGCUGUUUGCAUCACAUGAUAUUGUUGAAUGAUUCUGACAUGCUGCUGAUUGAUUAUGCUAUUUAUGGAUGUGAAGCACAAAUAUCAGAUAUAAACUAGAAAGAAAAGAAGUUGAUAUGUAAGAAAAAGAAGCCGAAAUGAAACAAAAACCUCAACUAUCUUCACAGAAUUAGCAAUUUGUAUGUAGAAUUUAGUAAAAACUACAUGUGUAAGAACAAGGGGAGGAAAACCCACAAAAAUUUUACAGUCAAAAGUUUCUAAUCAUGAUUGUUGGAGCUGCUUGAAGUAAAGUUCCAUCAAUGGAAUAGUUUCUUUAUCUCUCGGCUGAAAACUGUCCAUUUUUACUAUACAUUGCUUCAUUCUCAAGUCUGAAUCUACAUUUUCUGUAUGGUAUAUUGAAACCAUGAAUAUGAUUUAUCUACUUUGUUAGGUUUGUCAAGAAGUCCCUCAGUUUCCUGGAUUGAAAAUCCCUGUUUGCCUUGCAUAAGUUGAAAAUACAGUGUUAGCAGAAAAAUUUAAGUUUGUUUCUAAGACAGAAUUUCAAUAAAUAAACAAGAAUUGUAAUGAUUUCUGUUUUUGCAAUCUUUGCAGUUGUGGUGUUUAUGAUAACACUGUUAGACUUUGCCCUUAGUGCUUUGCAAAGCUAAAAGUACUAACUGAAUCAAUAUUGUUCUUAAGAAACAUGUUGUUUUGACUCUUCAUUUUUUUUUAAGUAUUUGUGCCGAACACCCAUGGCUGACACAGUUUUAGACGUAUGGGGAUAUGGUUCUCUAAGAACCCUCCAAAUACAUGGAAAAAAAAUUAUCAUACCGUGUCCAGAUACUCACUGCUAAGUAUCUACCAUCCGGUGAGUCUUACCUCAACUUUGAACAUGCUGAGAACCUUUCCAUUAAAUGUUGUGACAUUAGCAUCAAUCACUUGAAGUCCCAAAGAAUCUAUGCCCUCCAUCAACUUUGCAAAGCUUCCUCUCUUGUGCUCAUAAUAGAGCUUGAUCAAGAACUCCCGUUUAGUUAACUGGUUCACUUCUACAUGUACCUGAGAAAAGAUUCAAAAACAUUAAGUUUAGUUGAAAGUUUCAUUGAUGGAAACCGUGACAGAGGUAACAACAAACCAGUGUUUAAUUUCAUUAAUUUCAGUUACCUCCAUUUUUGCCAUUUUGGCAAGGCUGGACGAAACUUGGUUUGGCUUAACGGCAGACAUGUUGUCCUUAGGUGACUUGUCUAACAAUGUAGACUUCAGUUCUAAGUUGCUCUUUUCACAGUUUUCUUCAUCGAUUUUCAUGAGCUCAUUUUCAAGUUUCUUCUUCUCCUCCAGCAAAUCUCCGAUAUAUUCAAUGGCAUCCGUAAGAAUGGCAGUUCUAUCCAUCUACACAACAAAACCAUUAGAGAUAUCAGAUAAGGAUGCAAAAGAGUAAAUGUGACUAUCAUAUUUAUAUAUGCUUUGGUAGUUCAGGCCAACCUUGGAUAUCUUAGGGACUAAAGCUCGUAGCUUGAAGAGCUGGUCGUUUAUCUUCUUCCUUCGAUUCCUCUCCAUGACAAGAUUCUUAGAAUGGAAUUUCUCUUUUGCAGGCUGCUUGGUAGUUCUCGUUUUGUCUUUUAUGGACUUGUUACCGUCUGGAGCAAACCUUGCUUGUUGCUCGGGCACAUUUUUGCUGCAUCUUAAUCUUUUCGUUCCAUAAUAUGUGCCAAUUAGCUGCUUGAAUUGCUCAUCUUGAGAAAUAUAGGCAGAAUCUGAAGCAAAUGGUGGAUGUUCAAUUGAAGGACUGGAACCACUGUGUGAUCCAUCCAAGCUAUGAUGGGAGUUUGAAUCUGAUAUUGGUGGAAUCAAUUCGAUUCUCGGAACAAAAGUCGACAAGCUGAUGGAAAAUGGCAAGUUAUAGCAUUUGUCAAGAUUUGCUUUUGCAUAGUUUUCUCCAGUUGUGAUUUCUUGUUUUAAAACUGCAUUGCAUUGAGAUGUUACCAACUCUAUGAGGUUCUGAUCUUUCGGCAUCUGAAUCAAAAGGACAAAUUACAUGUUUAUCAGUAGGAGAAGACUAAUGGGUUUCAUAUGAAUAUCUUAAUUUCAUUGUGAAGUAAUGGUAAGUCAAAAAGGCCAAAGAAUCUUGCAUGUUCCGAAGUGAAGAGCUCGAUAAGACCACUGAAAACUGGGAUCAGAACUCGGGUUCCUGUCAUUUCCUGCAGAAAACUCAUUGAUCAUAUCAAAAUAUGGACACCGUAGAAGCAACAUCUUCAGACAAAUUAUUGUCAUAUAUAAGAAGGUGAAAAGAGUGACAACUACCACAUUUGAAGACUGUGAACCAGAGGGAUUGCCAUGGUUAACCCAACUUGGCUGAUUUGACAUAGCUACCUCUCCAUGAAUCCUGGGGUUUUUUUCAGUGUCACAAAAUCAGAAUAUUUGUCUCUAUAUCUUGAAUUUCCCAAACUGAACCAAACAAUUUUGUAAGUUGAGAAUACUGUACCCAGCAUAGAGAGAAAUGGCGAAAGGAAAAUGUGAAAGAGCUUCACAAGCCUUUGAUCU